CCCCAGCUGCCGAUUCGAGCUAGCAUAUAUACAAUCUUUUCGCAGAGUGGAUCCCACCAUGGCGGCAAUGAUGCCGAGCGCCUCAACGGCAAAUACGCCAUACGACAACGACGCGGUGGACCGGGACCUGAUCGAUCCAGACGAUGCAACGCUGGACGAUCUCGACGACCCGAUCCAGGGCACCUCCGACCGCACCCCGCUCACUGGAAAUAUCUCGUCGCGGUCAGGCGGAAACGCGCAGUCGUAUCUGACCUCGAGCAUCCCCGGCGAGGACCGCCGCGCGCCGACCAACACCAUCGAUGAGACAGUAUGGGAGACACUCUCGAGAGACCUGCUUGCUAUCUGGGAGAAGAUGAAGCAGGUGCUGUACCCCAAGUACCUACUGGGGGGCAUGAUGCACCGCGGAGGUGGCAUAGGUGCAGCUGAGCGCGGAGAGGCUGAUGGGUUCGGCGGCGGAAUUAGGAGUCUUGCGGGCAGAUGGCCAGACGCGGAUGUCAUUCUACAGGGCGGCAUGAGCGAGGGGCUGCGAGACUGGGAUCUGUGGGGCCCGUUGAUCUUCUGUCUGCUCCUCAGUCUCUUCCUCUCCAGGGGCGCCCAGGACUCCCAGAAGGACCUCGUGUUCUCGGGCAUCUUCGCCAUGGUAUGGAUAGGAGAGGCCGUCGUGACUCUGCAGAUCAAGUUGCUGGGAGGGAAUAUCGCCUUCUUCCAGUCUGUCUCCAUCAUCGGCUACACGCUCUUUCCGCUCGUCAUCGCCUCAGUCCUUAGCGCCGCUGGCAUACCCGUCAUCGUCAGGAUACCGGUGUACCUCGUCCUCAUAGCCUGGUCACUAGCGGCGGGCAUCAGCAUAAUGGGCGGCUCGGGAGUGGUUAGGAAUCGCGUCGGCAUCGCAGUAUACCCGCUGUUCGUGUUCUACGUCGCGCUGGGCUGCAUCUGCCUCAUCAGCUAGCGCUCGUAACUCCGGAUCUGUAAUAGUAGCUGCGGUGUAGCAGUCCCAUUCUGUAGUUUAAACACCAUUGCGUCGGACGUGUUAGCCCUGCAGGAGGAUUGGGCGAAUUGGCCUCAGAGCCGCAAUUGAAAC